UCCCCCUCCACCCCCUCCCCUCCUCCUCCUCCUCCUCCCCUUCUUUCUCCAAAUGGAGAGAGUUCUUUUUUUUUCUCCUUCCAUCUCAUCUAUUGAAUCAAGGAGCUGCUGCGGCCGCUGCCCGCUGCACACCACACACACACGGCGGAGUCCCCAGAUCCCGGGAGCAGCCGCAGAGGCGCGCGGCGCGGGGGCAGAAUGGUCCCGCGGGUCGGCGAACAGCACAAGACAACAGAGCCCGGGACCGAACAGCCACCGCGAACCCAGCAGCAGCCAGAACCCGAGCAGCGCGAGCAGCAGCUUCAGGAGCCGCCAGCACCGCCACCGCCAGCAGCGGCAGCGGCUGCGGCUUCGGCCCGGCAGCACUGAGACCCGCCGGUGGGCACCUUCGGACUCCGCGGCGAAGGCAGCCGCUCGCGCGAACCGGGAGGCGCCGAGAGAUUCGGCGCGAUCGGCGGCGGGGAUUUGCUGGCGCUUUUUGCAGUGAAGGGGUCGCGGCGUGGGGCGGGGGACGGAUAGAGGGGACUUGGGGACCUCGAGGAGCGCCGCCACGGAAGCACCCGGAGGACUGGCUGGCUUGGCGCGUCGGCUCUCGCUCUCCCGCGAACUGGAUGUGGGCAGCGGUGGCCGCAGAGACCUCGGGACCCCCGCGCAAUGUGGCAAUGGAAGGCGCAGGGUCUGAGUCCCCGGCAGCGGCAGCGGCAGCAGCGCCCGCCGUGUGAGCAGCAGCAGGAGCAGCGGCAGCCAAGGCAGCAGCAGGUCUGUCAAUCGGAGCCCGAGCCCGAGCAGCCGGCGACCAACAGCAGCGUCCUUGCAAGCCUAGCGCCCGAGCGCCCCGGGCCGCCCCGGUCCCCGUGGCCGCGCCGGCGGCGUUGGCGGCGGCAACAUGGCCUCAGUUGGUAACGCCGCCGACCUCCUGGAGGACCGCGGCGGAGGCGGCAGCGGCAGCGGGGCCCUUGGCUGGUCGGUCGGUGGCGGGAGGCGUAGACGCGUUGGGGGGCUGCGCCGCGCCACCACCGCCGCCGCCGCCGUGCCGGACCCGGACUAUCUGCACCGGCCCAGCUACUGCGACGCCGCCUUCGCUCUGGAGCAGAUUUCCAAGGGGAAGGCUACCGGCCGGAAAGCGCCGCUUUGGCUGAGAGCGAAGUUUCAGAGACUCUUGUUUAAACUGGGGUGUUACAUUCAAAAGAACUGCGGCAAGUUUUUGGUCGUGGGCCUCCUCAUAUUCGGGGCCUUCGCGGUGGGAUUAAAGGCAGCUAAUCUCGAGACCAACGUGGAGGAACUCUGGGUGGAAGUUGGUGGCCGAGUAAGUCGUGAAUUAAAUUAUACCCGCCAGAAGAUUGGGGAAGAGGCCAUGUUCAACCCUCAACUCAUGAUCCAGACGCCGAAAGAAGAAGGUGCUGAUGUCCUGACCACAGAAGCGCUCCUUCAACACCUGGACUCGGCGCUGCAGGCCAGCCGAGUCCACGUGUACAUGUACAACAGGCAGUGGAAACUGGAACAUCUGUGUUACAAAUCAGGAGAACUUAUCACAGAGACGGGUUACAUGGAUCAGAUCAUAGAAUACCUUUACCCAUGCCUCAUUAUCACACCGUUGGAUUGCUUCUGGGAAGGUGCGAAGCUCCAGUCCGGGACAGCAUACCUCCUAGGUAAACCUCCCUUGCGUUGGACAAAUUUUGACCCCUUGGAGUUCCUGGACGAGUUAAAGAAAAUCAACUACCAAGUGGACAGCUGGGAGGAGAUGAUCAACAAGGCUGAUGUCGGCCAUGGCUACAUGGACCGGCCGUGCCUCAAUCCAGGAGACCCAGACUGCCCGGCCACAGCCCCCAACAAAAACUCCACCAAACCUCUUGACAUGGCCCUCGUGUUGAACGGUGGGUGUCACGGAUUAUCCAGGAAGUACAUGCAUUGGCAGGAGGAGUUGAUUGUGGGUGGCACUGUCCGCAACAGCAGUGGGAACCUCGUCAGCGCCCACGCACUGCAGACCAUGUUCCAGUUGAUGACGCCCAAGCAGAUGUAUGAGCACUUCAAGGGCUAUGAGUACGUGUCUCAUAUCAACUGGAAUGAGGACAAGGCUGCGGCCAUCCUGGAGGCUUGGCAGAGGACGUAUGUGGAGGUGGUCCACCAGAGUGUGUCCGCCAAUUCCACGCAGAAGGUACUUUCCUUUACCACCACCACCCUGGAAGAUAUCCUCAAGUCCUUCUCGGACGUCAGCGUCAUCCGCGUGGCCAGCGGCUACCUGCUCAUGCUUGCCUAUGCCUGUCUAACCAUGCUACGCUGGGACUGCUCCAAGUCCCAGGGUGCCGUGGGGCUUGCUGGCGUCCUCUUGGUGGCCCUGUCGGUGGCUGCAGGAUUGGGCCUGUGCUCAUUGAUGGGGAUUUCCUUUAACGCCGCGACAACUCAGGUGUUGCCAUUCCUCGCCCUUGGUGUUGGCGUGGACGACGUCUUCCUCCUGGCCCACGCGUUCAGUGAAACGGGGCAGAACAAGAGGAUCCCUUUUGAGGACAGAACCGGGGAGUGCCUAAAGCGCACAGGCGCCAGCGUGGCACUCACAUCCAUCAGCAACGUCACUGCCUUCUUCAUGGCUGCGCUGAUCCCAAUUCCUGCCCUGCGAGCCUUCUCUCUGCAGGCUGCGGUGGUCGUGGUGUUCAACUUCGCCAUGGUCCUGCUCAUCUUCCCUGCUAUUCUCAGCAUGGACCUGUAUCGGCGGGAGGACAGGAGGUUGGACAUUUUCUGCUGUUUCACCAGCCCUUGCGUCAGCAGGGUGAUCCAGGUGGAGCCCCAGGCCUAUACGGAAGCCCACGACAGCCCGCGCUACAGCCCCCCACCCCCCUACAGCAGCCACAGCUUUGCCCACGAGACGCAGAUCACCAUGCAGUCCACGGUACAGCUGCGCACGGAGUAUGACCCGCACACGCACGCGUACUACACCACGGCCGAGCCUCGCUCCGAGAUCUCCGUGCAGCCGGUCACCGUGACACAGGACAACCUGAGCUGUCAGAGCCCUGAGAGCACCAGCUCCACCCGGGACCUGCUCUCCCAGUUCUCCGACUCCAGCCUCCACUGCCUCGAGCCCCCCUGCACCAAAUGGACGCUCUCAUCUUUCGCCGAGAAGCAUUACGCACCCUUCCUCCUAAAGCCCAGAGCCAAGGUCGUGGUGAUCUUCCUCUUCCUGGGCCUCCUGGGGGUCAGCCUGUACGGGACCACCCGAGUGAGGGACGGGCUAGAUCUGACAGACAUCGUCCCUCGGGAAACGAGAGAGUAUGAUUUCAUCGCUGCGCAGUUCAAAUACUUUUCCUUCUACAACAUGUACGUAGUCACGCAGAAGGCGGACUACCCGAACAUCCAGCACUUACUUUACGACCUGCACAGGAGCUUCAGCAACGUGAAGUAUGUCAUGCUGGAAGAAAAUCAACAGCUUCCCAAAAUGUGGCUGCACUAUUUCAGAGACUGGCUCCAAGGGCUCCAGGAUGCGUUCGACAGUGACUGGGAGACGGGCAGGAUCAUGCCCAACAAUUACAAAAACGGAUCAGAUGAUGGGGUUCUGGCAUACAAACUGCUCGUGCAAACUGGCAGUCGAGACAAGCCCAUUGACAUCAGCCAGCUGACGAAACAGCGCCUGGUGGAUGCCAAUGGCAUCAUCAACCCCAGUGCCUUCUACAUCUACCUGACAGCCUGGGUCAGCAAUGACCCCGUGGCUUACGCCGCCUCCCAGGCCAACAUCCGGCCCCACCGCCCCGAGUGGGUGCACGACAAGGCCGACUACAUGCCGGAGACGAGGCUGAGAAUCCCCGCCGCAGAGCCCAUAGAGUAUGCUCAGUUCCCCUUCUACCUCAACGGCCUGCGGGACACCUCUGACUUCGUGGAAGCCAUUGAGAAAGUGCGGAGCAUCUGCAGCAACUUCAGCAGCCUGGGGCUGUCGAGCUACCCCAACGGCUACCCCUUCCUCUUCUGGGAGCAGUACAUCGGCCUCCGGCACUGGCUGCUGCUGUCCAUUAGCGUGGUGUUGGCCUGUACGUUCCUGGUGUGCGCCGUCUUCCUGCUGAACCCCUGGACCGCCGGCAUCAUCGUGAUGGUCCUGGCUUUGAUGACCAUCGAGCUGUUUGGCAUGAUGGGCCUCAUUGGAAUCAAGCUGAGCGCGGUGCCCGUGGUCAUCCUGAUCGCGUCUGUGGGCAUAGGAGUGGAGUUCACUGUCCACGUUGCUUUGGCCUUCCUGACCGCCAUUGGCGAUAAGAACCGACGGGCUGUGCUUGCCUUGGAGCACAUGUUCGCCCCUGUCCUGGAUGGCGCCGUGUCCACUCUGUUAGGAGUGCUGAUGCUGGCAGGGUCUGAGUUUGAUUUCAUUGUCAGGUAUUUCUUCGCUGUGCUGGCCAUUCUAACAAUCCUGGGCGUCCUCAAUGGACUGGUGUUGCUCCCAGUCCUGCUGUCUUUCUUUGGGCCGUAUCCUGAGGUAUCUCCAGCCAAUGGUCUCAGCCGGCUGCCCACCCCAUCACCUGAGCCACCCCCGGGCAUGGUCCGCUUCUCCAUGCCCCCCGGCCAUAUGAACAGUGGCUCCGAUUCCUCUGACUCCGAGUACAGCUCGCAGACCACGGUGUCAGGCCUCAGCGAAGAACUCCAGCAUUAUGAGACAGAGCGGGGUCCCAGGGGCCCUGCCCACCAGGUGAUGGUAGAGGCCACGGAGAACCCCGUCUUUGCCCGCUCCUCUGUGGUACAUCCCGAAUCCCGGCAUCACCUGCCCUCCAACACUCGCCAGCAGCAGCUCCUGGACUCAGGGCCCCUGUCCCCUGGACGGCAGAGCCAGCAGCCCCGCAGGGACCUCCCCAGAGAAGGCUUGCGGCCGCCCCCCUACCGACCACGCAGAGACGCUUUUGAAAUCUCUACUGAAGGUCACUCUGGCCCCAGCCACAGGGACCGCGGGCCACGCGUGCACAAUACCCGGAAUCCGACAUCGUCCAGCGCCUCCUCCACAGCCACCCCGGGCAGCACAUUGCCAGGCUACUGCCAGCCCAUCACCACCGUGACAGCCUCUGCUUCCGUGACCGUAGCCGUGCACCCCCCGCCAGUCCCUGGCCCCCUUGGACCUGGGCGGAAUCCCCGCGGUGGCCUCUGCCCCGGCUACGAGGGCUACCCCGAGACUGAACCUGGGCUGUUUGAGGACCCCCAUGUCCCUUUCCACGUGCGCUGUGAGAGAAGAGACUCCAAGGUGGAGAUCAUAGAGCUGCAGGACCUGGAGUGUGAGCAGCGCGCCCGGAGAGGCAGCUCGGCCUGAGGGUCGUUAAAAUCUGAAGCAAAGAGGCCAAAGAUUGGAAGCCCCGCCCCCCCAGCCCCUUCCAGAACUGCUUGGAACUAUGGGAGAGAUGAGCUGUGUGUGGGCCGGAAAGCAGUUUCACUGUUACUGUAACGGACUGUAUUAUUUGUGAGAUAUUUCUAUACAUAUUUAAGAAGUGUACACAUAUGUAAUAUAGGACAGAACAUGUUAAAGUGGUGUCGUCUGUCUGGGGGUUUCUUCCCUCCUGCCUUCUGUGCCCCACCCUCCCUCGCCCCUGGGAGCAGAAGGGGUGGCAAAGAGGGAAAGGCCACCACAGGUUCCUCCCUGUUUGUGCAUUGGCCCCAGUGCUACAACCAAGCUUAACGUAGUCUUCAGUUCCAGCCUAUGUUGCUGCUGCUUCAAGAUUGUACAAUUUACCUGUAUAAUUCUAUGCAAAUAUGGCUUAGGUGAUAGGGUGGUUUUUGUAAAAGUUUCUGUUUAAACUAUUUGAAAUUUGCAUAUCACAACCCUGUGGUAGUAUGAAAUGUUGCCGUUAACUUGCAGACACGCUAUGCGUGAUAAUUUUUGUUGUUGUUGUUGAACGAGCAGAUACAAAGAAAGCAUGGUAAUGCCAGUGGCUUCCUUAGGCAUAUGGCGUGUGAACUCAUGUACUGUAUUGUAAGGGUUUU